GAUCAAAUCGCUUGCAAAGACCUUGACAUGGAUCACUUCCGGCAUAUCACCGACUACUUCCUCUCGUACGGUCGUAAAUCUGUACCUGCGACUCAGCAACCUAUCGGCCCAAAGAUCAAGGCUGUCAGGAUCAAUUGCAUCGGCGACCAGAAGAUGUUCAAUAAACCCGACUUCGAGGCAGUGGAGAUUUCUCCUACUGAUCCUAUAUUUUCCAAACCCGAUGACACCUCCGACAUUGCAGACCGCAUCGGACUACCCAUCUUCACCCGGCGCUGUCGUCCCAACCCAAAGUGGGCGAACGAUGAGGACAACAAGAUCUUCAAACACGAGAGCCCUUUCAACAAUCAGGAUGCUACAUUCCUACAUCUUUGCUGCGAUCCGAAGGCUAAGUUCGACCUUAGCAGAGGGGUCAUAGGCUGGGCGUGGGCUUCCCGGCAGUGGCAGAAUAGCGUGGGAAGUGUCAUCAUUGUGCGUCAGGACAAAAAGCCACUGUUUCCAUUGCAUGCUGAGGCACUAUGCAAAUACUGUCACCACGAGAUACGUGCGCUUUUGGCUCACUCUAUCGGGGAGUACUCACCAGACGAGCCACUGACAAAGGAUGCUGUGCUAGCUAUGAUCUGCAGGCCUACCUUCUCUAUCUACUGGUACAAGCUUCUUGAGGAGAAAAGCAAAGAAGGGGAUAGGACGGCAUUGGGCACACCUUUUCCUUACGAUAUUGAUACUAUUGAGGAAGGGAGGACACCUAGUUGAGCUGUACUACACUCUGGAUCUGUAUGCGGACAAUCGUUAGUACUACUACCGAAUUCAGGUCGAUAAUAACGAUCUUUAUCAACCAUCCCAGUGGCGCAAUGU